AUGGCAUUUGUUGAGAGUUCACAGGACGAGAUCGUGUCUCGCCUCUCAGAGGAGACUCUACAGGACAUUGAGGGCCUUGAUCCGUCGCAGUUUGGAUUUGGCAGAGAGGAGUGCUGUGGGCCCCUGCCGGAGAAGCUCCCAGGCAGCAUGGCGUUCACGGAACAUGUCUUCUUCGCCACAGACAUGCCUGCAAGGGAGUGGGACGCGAAAACCGGCAAUGUUCCGGGGUACGCUGCACUAGAAAAGGCUGUCACUUCGUCGGGGGGCAAGAAGCUCACCGUUUAUUAUCGUCCCGGCCCUGACGCGUGUAUUUUGCGAUUUAAGUAUGAAGAGCUCUUGUCGUCGCUGCUCAUUACACAGUAUUCUUGCAUCACGGAAGGGGAGCUCCCUUGGGAAUCGAAGGGGGCGGUAUGCUGCGAUCGCUCGAAUGAGUUGUUUGUGUUUGUUUGUUCCCAUCGUUCUCGCGAUCACCGUUGUGGGUACUGUGGCGCCGUUUUGGUGGAACUUCUGCGCCAGUCUAUCAAGGCCAAGAGGGGCGAGCAUGAAUCGAUUCACGUGUAUCCGUGUUCCCACGUAGGUGGGCAUGUGUACGCUGGGAAUGUCUUGCUUUACAGUAAGCAUGGGGGCGUGUGCUUCGGCUGCUUUACUCCAGCCCAGGUGGAAGCCUUUGUGAAUUUUCUUCUGGGAGGCGCGACGGAAAUCCCCGCCUCACUGGAGCGGCGGAUUCGGGGCCGCAUCGGCUACACGAAGGCCAACUCCAAGUGCUGCGUCGUGUAG